CUCUCUCGCCCAUGCUAGGAGCCUACCUAGGGAAUCUUCCCCCAUAGAAUCGAAAAGAGCCAGCCAUCCGUCUUCCAGGGAUGAGUUUCGGUAGCUGAUUGAGUCUUUUUUUACGGAUUGCUGCUGUUGUUGGAGGGGGUUGUUUCGCGAUAAACGAUCUCUUUCGAACGGCAAAUUGUCAAAGAUCUGAAGCCUCGAGCCAGCUUCACACCUUUUGUAGUCAGGUUAAAGCCAUGGAUAUCAUGUACUUUUACCAAAGACUUUCAGCCGUAAUUCCCUUCUGGAAGAUCUGCCUCCCUUCUCUGGAACCACCCGCAUCUAAUGUCCCCCUCUUCAGCCUUACAGUGAUCGCCAUUCUCCUCGUUCCGGCCGGCGGCCAGCGCUCUUUCUACGUCCAUGAGUUCCAUAAAAAGUACGGCCCUGUUGUGCGCAUUACCCCUGAAGUAAACAUUUGCAACGUGGCUGCCAAGCAAUUCAUCCACACGCCCAAGGUUCGCCUCAGCGCUACCACAAGCGCGUUGAGGCCCCCCUCCCCCAACCCCGUCAUUAUCAGCGGGACCCUUCUUCGUCUGUGGAGCGCGGCGCCCGCUGAGGGUGUCAACCUUUCCGAUCAUCAUCUUCCCCCGGGAUCACCACUCUUAUCCAGCUGGGAUCCCGGAAAGAUGGGAGGGAGAAAGGAAACGUGUGACCCAAUCAGAUGA